AAAACAUAUGCUCGUCAGGAAAUUUCACUUUUAAUUAGUGUUCACACUCUUAUCCGAUUUUGCGGCAAGAAAUUCUAAUUUGAUUGAAGUCCUUCUCAACCCAUGAUGGAGAAGCGCGUCUUGUGGUUGUGUCUGGUUGCCAUGGUAAUGGCAAGCCAAGUAUUCGGAGGAGAUGGUAAGAAGAAAGACUCUAUCGGGACAGUGAUAGGAAUUGAUCUGGGGACAACAUAUUCAUGUGUUGGUGUUUACAAGAAUGGACGUGUAGAAAUCAUCGCCAACGACCAGGGUAACCGUAUCACACCCUCCUACGUGGCCUUCACGCCCGAGGGAGAGCGUCUGAUCGGAGACGCCGCCAAGAAUCAGUUGACCUCUAACCCAGAGAACACUGUCUUCGACGCCAAGCGUCUAAUCGGACGCAAAUGGAAUGAGAAGUCAGUCCAGCAAGACAUCAAGACUUUUCCAUUCAAGAUUGUGGAACAAAAUGACAAGCCCAGUAUCCAAGUCCAGGUUGAUGGCCAGACCACGACGUUCAGCCCUGAGGAGAUCUCAGCCAUGGUCCUCGGGAAGAUGAGAGAGACGGCAGAGGCCUACCUUGGGGAAAAGAUAACCCAUGCGGUUGUGACAGUCCCUGCUUACUUCAAUGACGCCCAGAGACAGGCCACCAAGGACGCAGGGGCCAUUGCUGGUUUGAAUGUGAUGCGGAUUAUUAAUGAACCGACCGCUGCUGCCCUUGCCUAUGGCUUGGACAAGAAAAGUGAGGAGGAGAAGAACAUCCUUGUCUUUGACCUCGGUGGUGGAACCUUUGACGUCUCGAUCCUGACCAUUGACAGUGGAGUCUUUGAAGUCAUCUCAACAAAUGGAGACACACAUUUAGGAGGAGAAGACUUUGACCAAAGAGUUAUGGAGUACUUUAUCAAGAUGUUCAAGAAGAAGAAAGGCCUAAACAUCCGUGGAAGCAACCGGGCCAUCCAGAAAUUACGUCGCGAGGUUGAAAAGGCAAAAAGGGCACUGUCAUCAGCCCAUACGGCGAAGGUUGAGAUUGAAUCGAUAGUCGAUGGUUAUGACUUCUCCGAGACGCUAAGCAGGGCCAAGUUUGAGGCACUCAAUAUGGAUCUGUUCCAAACCACCCUCAAGCCAGUCAGGAAGGCUUUAGAGGACGCAGACCUCCAACCAUCAGCUAUAGAUGAGAUCAUCCUGGUCGGAGGGUCAACAAGAAUCCCCAAAAUACAAGACCUUGUCAAGAAAUACUUCAAUGAUAAGGAGCCCAAUCGAGGUGUCAACCCAGAUGAAGCAGUGGCAUAUGGCGCAGCCGUCCAAGGUGGAAUCCUAGGAGGAAAUGAGGAAAGUCCAGAUGCCGUUAUCAUCGACGUCAACCCCCUCACCCUUGGCAUAGAAACAGUUGGAGGAGUCAUGACGAAACUAAUCACCAGAAACACGGCCAUACCAACAAAGAAAUCUCAAAUUUUCUCCACGGCAGCCGAUAACCAACCCACAGUCACAAUCGCAAUUUUCGAAGGUGAACGCCCCAUGACGAAAGACAACCAUAUGUUGGGAAAAUUCGACUUGGAGGGUAUUCCAAAAGCCCCACGAGGUGUCCCGCAGAUUGAAGUAUCUUUUGAAUUAGAUGCCAACGGUAUUUUACUAGUUAGCGCUGAAGAUAAAGGUACUGGUAUUAAAGAGAAAAUUGUUAUCAAUAAUGACAAGAAUCGCCUUACGCCGGAGGAAAUUGAACGAAUGAUAAAGGACGCUGAAAAAUUCUCUGCGGACGAUAAAAAAAUUAAGGAGCGCGUCGAAGCGAAAAAUGACUUAGAAAGUUAUGCAUACUCUUUAAAAAAUCAACUAAAUGAUAAGGAGAAAUUGGGUGCCAAGUUAAGUAGUGAGGAAAAGGAAACUAUUGAAAAAGCUGUAGACGGGAAGAUUUCCUGGUUGGAUAAUAAUCCCGAAGCAGAUACAGACACUUUAAAGCAGCAAAAGAAGGAAUUGGAGGAAGUGGUCCAACCUAUCAUUAGUAAACUGUAUCAGGGGGCGGGGAAAGGGAACGAGGAAUUGUAAGAGAAUAAAGUGUGAUAUUUUCAAUAAAUUCUGUCACAAUUGAGAGAUUGCACAUCAUUCAAGACUCCCAUUCAGACCCGAACAUUGAUAGUGAAUAACAGUCAUCGAAAGACAACUUCGAUUCAACAGAACUGUCUAACUUUUCAUAUUGAGCAAAGGGUUGAGUGGUAUAAAUGAAUUUUGAUAUCACUUCACCCAAUGAACAAAAACAUUGAAUCUGAGAUUCAAUUUCUUUAUCAUAAUUUUAAUAAUAUCAUUUCCAAUCACUGUAUUUGCAUUUUCUUAAAAAAUGGAACACUUCUGUACAUACAAUGUAUCAUUAUUUAUGUUUUGGAAUAAAAUGCUUAUG